AGUAUCGUAGCCUUCAAGAGAAAAUUCCGAGAGUUUUGAGCAAAAAGUUGAUAGAGGUUAAGUUAUCUGUCGUACCGACGAUAUGCCAAUCGUCACAGGAUUUUGCAACGCAACAUGAUUAAAAUAUCUCGUACACUCGAAAGAUGUGUUAAUAUUCUUCGAACGGUGGAUACAAAAAUGGGAUAUUUUGGAGACAAAACUGUAUUUAAGAGGUUAUACUCAGGGAACAGUACAGACAGUAAAAAGUCGGACCUGUAUCGACAACUAUACGCAAAAAUAUUGGCAUGCGGCCCCAUAACACUUGCAGAAUACAUGAAGGAGAUCUUGAUUCAUCCUAUUGCAGGCUAUUACAUGACUAGAGAUGUUUUCGGUCAGAAAGGAGAUUUCACAACUUCUCCAGAAAUCAGCCAACUUUUUGGAGAAAUCAUAGCGAUCUGGAUGAUCAAUGAAUGGAGAAAAAUUAGCAAUGGACCUAUUCAACUUGUGGAAUUAGGUCCAGGAAGAGGCACCCUAAUCAGUGAUAUAUUACGGGUGUUCAAGAAGUUUAAUCUUUUGGAUAAAGUAUCGGUUCAUCUGGUUGAAAUUAGCCCUGCGCUAUCCCAGCUUCAAGCAGAAAGAUUAUGUACAGAAAGUAGAGACAACGGACCAACAGCUAGUAAAAAGGAAACUUCAUCUGUAAUGCAUUAUAGAGAGGGUGUUACAAAAAAUGGAGGAGUAAAGAUAUAUUGGUAUUAUUCUGUCAACGACGUCCCUAGAAAGUUUAGCAUAUUCGUUGCACACGAGUUUUUUGAUGCUUUGCCAAUACACAAGUUUCAGAAAACUGAUAAAGGUUGGAGGGAGAUCUUAAUAGAUAUAGUACAAGAAACAAACGAGGAGAAAUUUCGAUACGUGCUUUCACAAACAGUUACAGCCGCUUGCAAAGUAUACUUGUCUCCGAAUGAAAGAAGAGAUCAUGUGGAGAUAAGUCCACAGUGUUUUGUUAUAAUGGACUACAUGUCUCAAUUUUUAUGGGAAUGUGGAGGAUUUGCGCUAGUUAUUGAUUAUGGUCAUGAGAGAGAAAAGAGUGAUACGUUUCGUGCAUUUUCUCGGCAUAAAUUGCACGAUCCUUUGUUGAAGCCUGGAACUGCAGAUCUGACUGCUGAUGUUGACUUCUUAUCAAUGAAAGAGAUCGCACAGAAAGAUAAUAGAUUAAUCACGUUUGGUCCAGUGACGCAAAAAAGAUUUUUGAAAAGUCUUGGCAUUGAUUUACGGUUAAAAAUGCUGUUACAAAACGCUACCAGCGCUCAAAAGCAACAAAUUGAGUCAGGAUAUCACAUGAUAACCGACGAAGAUAAAAUGGGAAGUUGUUUCAAGGUAUUGUCUCUUUUUCCAUUUAUUUUAAAGGACCAUUUAACAAAAUGGCCAGUAGUAGGAUUCGGGGAAGAUGAGGUGAAGCCAAGAGGUAAAGCAGACUCUCAUUGAAAUGAACUAAUAAAAAUUAAAUUAAAUUAUUAA